AUGCCAAUGCUCGAAAGGACGGCUGUGGUCCUAGAACCAUGCACGUUGCAGCGAGUUCUACCCUCCGCCAGCCACUCCGGCAAGAAGUCACGGGAGCUCCGUACUAGUUUUUGGCAUCAUGGCUCUCCUGACAUUGAGCUGGCACAGCUCAGCCAGGCCUUGAUGCCAGUGUCCUGGAAUGCCAUCGACUUGUUUACGCCAAAUCCUCCCAAAGCCGAGCCACUGGCUGCCUCGCCCUUCCUACUCGACUUUCUCUAUCCCCAGAAGAGUCUUUCGUUCUUGCGUAGGUUUGUGCCAGGGACGGUCGGUCGUUAUGAGGGACCAAGGCAAAUUCAAAAAGUCCCUCUGCGACUAUACGCUUCGUCAGCUCCGACCCAUUUGGCGGAAAUCGUAUCACAUACUCUCGACGACCGCGCCAAUGUUGGCGCCAGGUGCCGCGAUGAUGACGACGCGACUCUGCCGAAGGAUAUCCCAAUGGCCGAGACAGCUGUCCUAAACCAAGAUCCGUUCUUCGCCCAGUUCGGUGACCCCGACGAAUACCACCUCUCCGACCCUACCGAGCUCCGACGAUACCUGUCUAUACCAGCGUCUUCUGAUAUGACCCAGAGACUAGACAGUGUGUGGAGGAUGUACAAUAACCUCCCCAUCAAUCUCAAACCUGAAUUCCAGGGCGAUGUGCUAGUUUACCUGUCAAAUUCGACUCGCGUCACCGAGGCUUGGCGAAUCUCGGAGAUGUUCGCAUCUAUGAAAGAUGACCUGUGGGAAGAUCGCGUCCUGGCGCCAGCCAUCAAGGCAGAGAUCAUGCUGCAAAAUGCUCCUCAUGCACUGUCUCUAUUCAAACGCGCCCUGACCACCAAACACAUAAGCGCGGGCAUCGGGGCGUUGAUCGCUCACUCCCUGAGGACAUCAGCUUGGGAAACUUUGAGUGCGGUCUGGCAGCUAUAUGUUGAGGUUACAAAACAGGAAACCCUCAAGACAGAGGAACUCAAAGACGCUGUUGCCAUCCCUGACCUUGGCGACAAGCUCACCUUUCUUGCUGGUCACAUCGGUACAUCUUCCAAAAACCCAUCAGACUCCCGCCCGUACGAAGCUUUGAGCACCUUUCUGCGUUGCUUCUCCAGGGAGUGUCUAGGGCUUGUGAUGCCUCAAGAGGCUGCUGGAUUCGUCCGCUGGCUGAAGGACCCCCUCCUGUAUGAAGACUUCAUCCGAGCUUGCGUGGAGAAACGGGACAAGGAGACGGCUGCGCGAGCGUACCGUGAAUACCGGGCUCUUCCUGGGGUGCGAGUACGUAUUGCCAUCUUGAAGGCCAUGGUCCAGCAUGUGUUUUAUCCCGACGAUCUGGCAGGGAUGGAGCAGGUGAUGAAAGAUUGGUAUAUUCGUUACGGAAGGCUUGAUCGCUGGGCAUAUUCCAAAUUCCUAGCGUUCUAUGCCCGGCGUGGGGAUGUUGCUUCGGUGUAUCGUUUGUGGAACGAGUUCACAAGGGAAUACCCUGACGCCAUUUCAACCCACGACGAUACCUUCACACACCUGUUGAACGUGCACCUUAGCCAUCGUGAUUUGGCAAAGGUUCAGCAGACGUUUGACGAAAUCGAGGCGACCUACAACAUCGAGCCUAACACUGCGUGUUGGAAUAUCCUGCUUCGCACCUACAUCAAGGCUGGGCAGUAUGAUGCUGCCGCCAAGUGUUUCAGUGACCUAUGCAAAGCGGUGGUCCCCGACAAGUACACAUUUGGUACGAUAAUGUGGGCGUCUGCUAACAGGGGAGAUCUCGACCUUACUCUUCAGCUCUAUAAGAUGGCCCAAAGCCGGGGAAUAGAGCUCACGGUUUCGAUUGUUGACAGCGUGGUCCAAGCAUACUGCCACAACGAGCGCUUCACGGAAGCCGAGGAGCUGUCUUUGGCCACAACCAAGGAGAGGAAGUUACAGGGCAGCUAUUCCUCGCUCUGGAACACCCUGCUACAUUUCUUCGCGGAACAACGAGAUCUCACGUCUGUCCAUCGCGUUCUCAACACCAUGACCGAACUAGGGCUUGCUUACACUGGCGAGACGUACAGCGAGCUUCUCCGUGCCCUGCUGAACUGCAAGCAGCCUCAUCAAGCGCUCCAUCUUCUUGGUGUGGCUCAGAAGGAUGGUAUCUUCAACCCUACACCCGAGCAUUAUGUGCAGCUCAUGGCCGGGUUUCUCCGGACUAGGGAGCCUCACAUGGCUCUUCAGGUCAAUCAGAUGAUGUACAAAAUGGGAUUUCGCCAGAGCAGCGAACGCAUGCUAGUGGUCCUCAACGCUUUACGUAGAUGGAGGGACAUACCUCCUCGUAACCGGGAAAAGGACACCAACUACCUGGCAAACGCAAUGCGGGAGUUCUACCGGUCACUUGGGAAGGACAAGCCUCAGCGACAGCGCGGAGGUGUCGCCGGCAAGCCAGACGAUCUCUCGUCUCACUUCUCGACCAUGAUGUUUCUGUUCACUCAGAUAGGCGCAUUUGCCUCGGUGCGCGAGCUUGUUCACCUCUACCGGCACACGCUCGGCCAAGGUUCGGACGACAGCCCGUUGCCUUUGAGACUAUUGCGCACUUUGAUGGUCUCUGACUUUUGCGAGGGUAAUCAUGACAACGUCAAGUCGACGUGGGAUUAUAUCUUCCAGCAAGCCUGUAUCCGCGGGCGCCCGGCUGGGCCCCUCUCCCUUCAAUCGCAUGACGAUGCCGAGCUUGUCGCGGAGAGUCGGGAUCUAACGAAGGGCAACGCGGGUGGCAUCGUACCUGCAUGGCGAUACUCCCUCGUCAUUCCCUUGAGAACGAUGUACCGCCUCUACACGAAGGAAAAUGAUUCUGACAGCCUCAUACGGAUUACCAACCAGGUGCUCGCUGAGGGCUUCGAGAUCGACAACAAGGGCUGGAACCACUACGUCCAGUGUCUUGCCCUCAUGAAGCGUUGGAAGGAGGCCUUCUCCGUGUGCAACCAACGGCUGAUGCCAGGGUGGGCUGGAUGGGCCACCAUCCGCGCGCGGCGGAAGGGCAAGAACCUGCUCCCACUGGAGCUGAGGCGCCUGGGCAGGAACCCGCGAUUCCUUAGGCCGAUCUCGUAUACCUUGAUCAUUCUAGCGCGGGAAUACGGCCAGCUGGAACAGCUUACGCCUCUGUCCGCAGAAGCAUCGAGGCUGUUCAAGGAGAUCAACGAGGAGUGUCCGCUCCUGGUGCAUGCCAUCCGCACCAUGAUACGAACUGGUUCGACAAUCGAGGAAGAGCUGCUCGGUGACGCUGACGGUCUCCGCGCCGAUGGUGCGGAGGCGGAGCGCGGACUGGACAGUUUUGGACUGUCUAUGAAGGCGCCUAGCGUCCCGAGGCUCGAGGUUCGGCAGCCCGGGCGUCAACAGGACGCCUUCGAAGCAGCAAUGAAGAAGCCAAAUCUCGCAAAGUUUGAGGGCUAUUCAGCCGUGCAGGCGCCAUCAGAAGCAGCAUCCUCACCAGUAGCAUCGACGGCUGAGGUCACCGAGACCCAGGCACAGGAGCCAGAACGCCCGGGGCCUGCUGCCAAGUACCCUGGUUUCCGGAAGCUCCGCACGGUACCCAAAACCAACAACCCCAAGAGAUCGAAGAGGGCGGACAUGGGGGACGAUGUCAUCAUUGAACCCGUCGCCCCGCAACUGGGCAGUGCAGAUCAGUCUGCGGGGCCGCAAGUCUUUGCUGCAAAGGGAGAGCGGAAGGGGUCGUCCAACGUCCACGAUUAUACGCGACCCAAGACCGGCCAAGACCGGAGUCGUGGCCUUGCGGUGGAGGGAGAGAAAGAGAAAGCGAGACAGCGAGAGCCUGUGCUUGUAUGA